GCUGACGUUAUUUCCUUUUGUCACGUUGUCGGAUUUGAGACUAGUUGCUGCUGGUUUAUGGUAGCGAAAGAUUAUAUUUAAAAUCGAUAAAAACUUCUAUAGAAAUGGGAAUUAAAUUUUUGGAAGUAAUUAAGCCAUUUUGUGGCAUUCUUCCUGAAGUUGCUAAACCUGAGAGAAAGAUCCAGUUCAGAGAGAAAGUUCUAUGGACAGCUAUUACUUUAUUCAUAUUUUUAGUGUGCUGUCAGAUCCCACUUUUUGGAAUUAUGUCAUCUGAUUCAGCAGACCCAUUUUAUUGGAUCAGAGUAAUCCUGGCCUCUAACAGAGGAACCCUUAUGGAACUGGGUAUUUCACCCAUUGUGACAUCCAGUUUAAUUAUGCAGUUACUUUCAGGAGCAAAGAUCAUUGAAGUUGGUGACACCCCAAAAGAUCGAGCAUUGUUCAAUGGAGCACAAAAACUCUUUGGUAUGGUGAUAACUGUUGGACAAGCCAUUGUGUAUGUGAUGACUGGUAUGUAUGGAGAUCCUGCUGACAUUGGAGCUGGUAUCUGUCUCUUAAUUAUCAUCCAGCUUGUUGUUGCUUUCUUGAUUGUUCUACUGCUUGAUGAGUUGCUGCAGAAAGGGUAUGGUCUUGGCUCUGGAAUUUCCCUCUUCAUUGCCACUAACAUUUGUGAAACAAUUGUGUGGAAAGCCUUUAGCCCUGCAACUGUGAACACUGGAAGAGGAACCGAGUUUGAAGGAGCCAUCAUUGCCUUGUUCCAUCUGCUAGCUACCCGUCAAGACAAAGUCCGUGGCCUGAGAGAGGCUUUCUACCGUCAGAAUUUGCCUAACCUGAUGAACUUAAUGGCUACAGUCUUAGUUUUUGGAAUUGUUAUUUACUUCCAGGGAUUCAGGGUGGAUCUGCCUAUUAAGUCAGCCCGUUAUCGAGGUCAGUACAGCUCCUAUCCUAUCAAGCUGUUCUACACUUCAAACAUUCCAAUUAUCCUUCAGUCAGCUUUGGUAUCAAACUUAUAUGUCAUAUCUCAGAUGCUGGCAGUAAAGUUCAGUGGAAAUUUCUUUGUUAAUCUUCUUGGUGUGUGGGCCGACGUUGGUGGAGGUGGACCUGCCAGAGCUUAUCCUGUGGGUGGUUUGUGUUACUACCUGUCACCUCCUGAGACCCUAGGCCACAUACUUGAAGAUCCCAUCCAUGCUGUUUUGUACAUUGUCUUUAUGCUUGGAUCAUGUGCUUUUUUCUCCAAAACCUGGAUUGAAGUAUCUGGAUCUAGUGCGAAAGAUGUUGCUAAGCAACUCAAGGAGCAACAAAUGGUUAUGCGAGGUCAUCGGGAGAAGUCCAUGAUCCAUGAACUGAAUCGAUACAUCCCUACAGCAGCAGCCUUUGGAGGUCUAUGUAUAGGUGCUCUGUCAGUGUUGGCAGACUUCCUAGGUGCCAUCGGCAGUGGUACAGGCAUUUUACUGGCUGUCACCAUCAUUUAUCAAUACUUUGAAAUCUUUGUGAAAGAACAGAGUGAGAUGGGGGGCAUGAGCACGUUGCUCUUUUAAAACAAGCCAUCUGAUAAAGAAAAAUAUAUAUUACAUGUUUUUCUCCAAAGUUUUUGUAUUUAAAAAAAAAACCUCUACAAGUUCACAGCAAAGUCUGCAAAGUUUUCAAUGUACAUUCCCAUUGCUGUAUUAUCUGACAAUAUAUUAUGGAAUUCUUUUGAAAUACAGUAUGGAAUUUUUUUUCAUUUUUAUAGUAGUUUGAAUGAAAAGGUAUUUAGUCUGAAUUAUUUUUAAAAACUUAUUAUAUGUAUGACCAUCUUCAACUACAGCAGAGCUGAGAGAUAAUGCUAUUUGUCUGAAAGAUAAAUAUUUUAUGUAUGAUGGAUGAAGGAAUAAUAAAAUGUUGUUACUACAAUCAGA